CUUGUCAAACGCGUAAAGCGCUUGACAUCUCUGGCUGGCUGUCGUGUCGUUCUCAUUUGCGGCAUAUUGAAUGACGUGAUCUCCAGCUUAUUUCAGCGGAGGACAUGCGGUUAUGGGCAACGCUUUGUUGAGCAGGAUCCACGGCUAGAAUAAAACACCUCUAAGAACUGAGCGAGGCAUUGAGAGAGGACGAUUACAGUGGAUUUAAUGACACUCCAUCAAAGCAUCACAUUCUGAUCAAAAGAGAUAUGGAUGGGUACCUGCCGCCUCAGUUUCACACGUUGUCAGACCACAAGAAGUUUUGUCAAGAGAAUUCCCUGACGAUGGACCAAGGCACUCCAUACAGCAUAAACAUGAAUGUUUUUUUACCGGACGUCACCUAUCUACGGACCGGCAUGUGCAGACCUGUGAGGUCUGCGGCGCCGCAGAUAAAGACAGAACCUCUACAUUCGUCUUUCAACUACUCCAGUUGCCACGGCUCGGUUGCGCCCACCAUGACGCACCCAGAGUACACAAACCUCUACAGCCCAGCUGCAGAAACAGGUAGCAAUGUUUACGUGAAGCAAGAGACGCCAUCCCUCGAAUUCCCAGACGUUCCGCUGUUUCAGCUGUUGAAUUCAGAGCUCGAGCCUAAUGUGCCUGGUGGCACAGAUUCCCACAAUGCCGCAUGCCCUCCGAUGCCAACGUAUAACGCCAUUCAUCCGCAACCCAGCCAUAUUGCGGAACGACCGCUUUGUAAUAUGAGCAGCAGUGGAUAUUCGCUAACUGCCCAGUUUGCUCAGCAUCCUCAGAAGAGGGCGGCAUAUUUACCACCCUCUCCUCCAAACUCAGAACCAGGCAGCCCAGAUAGAAGGAAAGAACUCAUACAGAACUUAUCGCCUCCUCCAUCAUAUGCUGCCAGCAUGGCAUCUAAAAUGGCAGGUCUUACCCCUGGACCAGCUAUUUCUGUCCAAACACAAGCAGCACCUGCCCAAUACAACCGCAGAAACAAUCCAGACCUAGACAAGAGGAGAAUACAUCACUGUGAUGUACCAGGAUGUAAGAAGGUCUACACCAAGUCCUCACAUUUGAAGGCCCAUUUACGUACUCACACAGGCGAAAAGCCAUACAAGUGCUCAUGGGAGGGGUGCGACUGGCGAUUCGCCCGUUCUGACGAGCUAACGCGCCACUUCAGGAAGCACACGGGGGCCAAACCUUUCCAGUGCGCCGUAUGUAGCCGUUGCUUCUCCCGAUCGGACCACCUGGCCCUCCACAUGAAAAGACACCAGAACUAGAGCCGCCUGCUCUCGUUGUUCUGACGGUGCCGCAGGAGGGCUAUCAGGACCUCUGCUGAUGAUACUAAUUAGGAUUUGGGUGUGUUGGUUAAUCUUGGGUUUUGGCAGUUCAUCAGGUACAACAGGACCAAACCCUGCCGUCGGUACGGCUCCUGUGGUCAUAAAACCAGCUAAUUGAUGAGAACUUGGCUCAUUUGCCAGAUGGGACAUUCUUUUGACAUGUUUGUUUGUUUCUUUGUUUGUCUGCAUACUUUAAGGUCAUCAUUUAUGACGUAACUACUUUUAAUGUGCCUUUUUUACCUUGUAGAAUUGAGGUGCCACGUAAAAUGUACAACGUUCAACAACUUGUGGGCAGUUUUAAUCUUCUUCAAAGCAAUAUUCCAGGUUUAAUACAAGUUGACAUGUUAUUGUGGCUAUACCUACUGCAAUUAAUUUUUGUGGUAAUCAACAUUAUGCCACAAGGAUUAUCAACUUUUAUUGAACCCAGAAUAUUCCCGUAAAUGACUACUCGUACUUGUAUCACAAGGUAAAUCAUAAAAUGAGCUGUAGUCGUGGUUGUAGAAGCAAACUCCAAGAAUGUGAGCCACAAAUGCUGAAUCACAAUGAAUUAACGUCUUACAAAAGCAGCACUUGAUAAGAAACAGAGCUUCAGAAAUUUGUGCGGGAGCCGCCAGGUAAUUAGAAAAUUAAAUGUAGCUUCAGAACACCAAAGAGUUGGAUGAAAUCCAAACUAUGAUAUGUUUGAAGAGGAUUCACUUGACGUAGGCAAAAAGAGCACAAUCUGAGGACUGAUCGAACUCCUUUAUGUUAAUCCCUGUGUUUUACUGAAAUGCAAUAAGUGGUACAAAUGCUGUAUUUUUCCUGGCAAGACGACAGGUCGGAUAUCGAUUACUUCCAUAGUUGUUUAUUUUUCCUUACUAUGCAUUUGUUUGGGAUAAAUGAUAGCUUUAAAUGUACAUAUGACGUGUAUUUAUUUUUUUUUAAUUUCCAUUUUAUAAAAUGUAACUCAAGGCUUACAUGCACCGGGUUACUGGGAAGUGGUUUGUUCAAACUACUAGUGCUCUAAAUGGCCGCAUUAUGUGGAACAAUGUGGCAGCUGAUUGUUUACAUUAGUUGGUUUGGCUUAUGGUGUGUGUUACAUCUGUAUGUGUGGCCUCAUAAAACCUCUUAUUUUCCAUUACAGUGAUAAAAAUGUUUUCCGCCUUAUUUUUCAGAGAUUGCAAAUGUGUAACAGAAGGGAAUCGUUACAGAUGACAAGCUGAUGUUGUUCCUGAGAUGGAAGUAAAAUAGAUUGGGGACAUAUGGAGUUGGUUUUUAUCUGAGGUAAUGUAAUGCGAGGAUCCACGGUGUUUAUGUGUUUUAGAGAGGGAGGAAGAACAUAUAGCUCUAGAAGUUCUUGAUUCGGUGACCAAAACCGAAAGAGAAAAACUCAAAUUGCUGUAAUUAAAGGUUCAAACUGCUUAAGAUUAGAAUGUUAAACACACCCAUUAAUCACUCUAAUUUGCAGCACUUAGAUGAGUACAGUUACUGUUAAAUAUGUACAUCAUUACUGUUAUUACACAUAAUAUGGAGGCAGAUCUUUAAAGUCUUAGUCUGUCGGGUUGAACUGGAGUGUCCAGUCAUCCUGGCUCACAUGUGAUUAGGUGAAUAAAUGGAGGUGUGGUUACAGUUGCUAAUACGGCCUGUCAGAGUUAAAAUCACAGAGUUAAAAGUUGAUGGUGUUGAGCGGCAACACCCAAUUAAAUUGAUACUAUAAUUAUCGCGCCUGUAUACAAAUCACUGAGUAACAGCAGAAAGGCCUCAGUCAUUAAAAAAAAUAACCUGACAUUUUCACAAUGCAUUCUUUUCAUCACUAGGGUGUAUAUUAUUUUAUGAAUCAGUUCUUACAUAAGCGACCCAUUCUGAACAUGAGCAAUUCACUUAUGCUAUUGUCCAGAAAUACAUAACAGUUAGGCCCACACAGGAACAAAUACACCAGAAACACCAACUGAAUAGACUAUGUUGUUAUACUGUUACAUUUCUUUACAAGAAACUUUCUCUCUAGGAUUAUAUGUGUGGAGAUAACAGAUACUGUACUGUAACUUCACAAGUAUGUAUGCUGACAAAUACUAAGAUGGAAAGGUAUUGGAUUUGUAGUAUUUAUCAAAUAAAAGUACAAUUUUUACGUAAGAUAUAAGACAAUCGCCACUUUUGAGGACGUAUUGUCCAGCUUAUGGUGUGAGCUUUAUCUGUCUGGCCUCUUUUCAGCAAGGUUAGCAUGCUAAGCACAGAAAAUACACGGAAAAUCUGUGUAUUCAAAAACCGUUCAAUCAAUCCCGGAACAUGUUUGCGUUCACACAGAAGGCUCUCCGGCAAUUUUCCGGAAUCAACGUGCGGCGUAAAAGGGGCUUUACUGUAUUGCGCCGACUCGCUGGCCAAACAGACUGAUGUUAUUUGAUUAUUAGUGAUCGCCGACUAGUAACUUUAAGACUCUGUGUUAUAUAAUGCUUGUUAAACAUGCUCGGAAUCAGCAGAGCUGCUUUGUCUCUGAGGAAGAUUGUUAUCGUGAAGUCAAUGCCUUCAUGUUUCUUUGAAAAGCCUUGUGUCAAUAGGGAACUCAUUUAUUUUCUUUCAUGGAAAGGAACAAUAGUUUAAUUCACUAUUUGACCUGACAUUUAGAUGAUCUUUGCAGAUGAGAGUAUGGAUCAAACAGUAGCUCAGCUGUGAUCCUCUUUAGUGAAUGCCAUUUACUGAAAGCACUUCUAGGAUCGCUGUGAUGUUGCUCAUACCCUUAAGGGAAAACUAUCGAGUUAUUCCCACAAAAAUCACACUGAAAGCAAUUUCAAUGGAAUGUUUCAUGCAACACAAAAAAAUGUAGUAAUUCUAUUUAUAUGUUGUUCAUCUGACUCAAAAGUUUUAUUUCUUAUAAAGGCCCUGAGGUGUGGAUAAAUUGAGAUUUUAAAGUUACAGUCUGUACAAGGCUGUAUUUAUUUGAACAAAUUAGUUAUAUUGUGAAAUAAUACUACAAUUUCAAAUAACUGUCUUUUAUUUUAAUAUUUUUUUAUAAUGCAUUUUAUUCCUGUGAUGGCCAUUACUUUACUGUUUAGUGUCAUGCGAUUUGUAAAAUUCUGAUUUGGUGCUUAAGAAAAUGUUAUUUCUAUUAUCAAUGUUGAAAACAGUUGUGCUGCUUAAUAUUUCUGUGAAAACCAUGAUUUUAUAAAUGCAUUUAA